UUUCCCAGCUGACAAACACACAGUUUCCCACAUCUUUUAUUCGUAAAUCCAAAAUUCAGCCAGCAUGUUUGAAAUCGAAUCGACGAAGACCUUGCCGCCACUGCCGCCCAAAUGUCCUUGCCACCAACCGGACCACAAGGACUGCGGCGAGGGGAACAGGGAGCUGCAGGCGCAGUACCACCUCCUGGACAUUGCGGAUGUCACGGACAGCGUCAUGAAGGUGAUGAGAAUCUGCGGCCUUCGCCCCUGGGAGGUCAAGCGGAGCGCCGGGGUCAUCAAGAGAUCCCUGCAGCACUACGAAGAUGUCGUCCAGAGGAUCGACCGAGUGCCACGAAAGCGAUUUGCCAAGGAGAGCUUCCUCCACGGACUGGCCCGCGAGGCGCAGAUGUCGCGCAUGGACGCCCAGAUGGCUUACUCGAUUGUGAAGAGAGCAUUCAAGGCCUUUUACUUUGGCACCGGCAUAGAGGGACGUCGGUACGUUUGCCUUGCGGACAAGAUGACCCACGAGGUGGAGUGCAUCUGGUUGCACGCUGCGCGCCGCACGGCGCAGAUCCACGCCGCCUUGGCCGGACUCAUGUACUCCGAGGAGCUGCAGUUCGAGGAGCGGAUCGAGUGCGUCUACAAAAACCUAUUCGAUGUCCUCAAGACGCGAUUCAUUUGGGCGGAUAACGUGAUCUGCACGUGUGGACAGCAGCCGGUAGCCCCAUCAGAAGCGCCUUCCAAAACUCCUUCCUCCGCCACGGCCCAAGUGGAGGUGCUCUACGCCAGGCAAAACAUGGCCGUGAGUAGUGCUCCCUCGAAGAUCUCCACGCGAGGAGGCACUCAAAAGCCAUCGGCGGCGGUUAGCACAGCCUCAUCGCGGCACAACCACAUCCUGAGGAGGGCCGAUCAGACCAUUUCCCAAAAGCAGACUCCCCGGAAGGGCAGUAGCAACACCUCGGCCAGCCAGACCAAGUGCAACUGCCCGCAGCUGAGAUGUUGCCGGGUGAAUGGUGAGGCCCGGGAAUCGCCGGAGAUUACGGCGGAAUGUAGCCAGGGACCGUACAUCUGCCGUUGGCUGCCGUACACCGAGGAGGACGAUGAGUUCCCCGAGCACCGGGUGCCCUUUCCACCCAUGGAGGUGGUGUGUCCGCCAUGUCCCAAGGACGAUCUGUCCUGCGACUCGGAAUGCACCUGCACCUGCCAGGUCUGCACCUGUCAGCCGGAGUUCGAUGACGCUGCUGCCGAGGAGGAGGAACUGGGCGAGAAGUUGUCCAAGUUCGGAGUGGAGGACCAGGACACUGACUUCUGCUAUGUGGCUCCAUUCCGUGGCAGCAGUGUAGAGCGGAUGGCCCGGCUGAAGGCGCAGGAAAAGCUUUUGGAGAUCGAGGAGCAGCAGGAGCACGUCGAGGAUGAGGACUUCCAGUGCGGCUGCACCUGCGAGUUAAAGCAGCACGCCUAUCCGCACCUCUUCACCUACCUGACGCCAUUUAGGAUCAAAAAAGACGUUGUGGAUGAGCCCAAGAUGAAGGUGGAGCGGCCGCAAUCGGAGGAGAGCAGUGAAAGUGAGGAUCUGCUGUCCAAGCCACCGCCUCCUGGCGUCACCUUAAACACGUAUCGCUGCUGGGUAAAGCCCCCAUCGAGCAGCCAUUCCAGUGAUGAGGCCAAGCCACCGCUCCUAGUGGUCAUGGGCGACAAGCCCAAGGGCAAUUUUCAGAUUACGGUCAAGGAACAACACCAUGCCAAGCGAGCCUCAACUGCUCCGCCAGCGGCUCCACUUCCCAAGGCUCCUGUCCUGCCAAACAGACCAGCUCCAACUCCGGCUCCCGCAAAGCCUCCGCCAGUCCCACAGAAGGCAAAGGAGGAGGAGGACAAGCUUACCAAGGAGGAUAUCUUGGACAUCAUUGGCUUGAGAUUUAGAUAGAGAAAUAGCUAAUGUAAACCUAACUAGUUGAAGUUAGACAAC